AUGGCAUCCCUGUUCUCUGGCCGCAUUUUGAUCAGAAACAACAGCGACCAGGAUGAGGUGGAUACGGAAGCCGAGCUGAGCCGCCGUCUGGAGAACCGUCUGGUGCUGCUGUUCUUCAGCGCCGGGUCCUGUCCGCAGUGCCAGGCUUUUGCCCCCGUCCUCAAAGACUUCUUCGUGCGACUCACUGACGAGUUCUACGUGCUGCGGGCGGCACAGCUGGCCCUGAUCUAUGUGUCCCAGGACCCCACGGAGGAGCAACAGCACCUGUUCCUCAGGGACAUGCCUGAGAAGUGGCUCUUCUUGCCGUUCCAUGACGACCUGAGGAGGGACCUCGGGCGCCGGUUCUCUGUGCGUCGUUUGCCGGCUGUCGUGGUGCUCAAGCCAAGCGGGGACGUUCUGACGAGCGACGCGACCGACGAGAUCCAGCGCCUGGGACCCACCUGCUUCGCCAACUGGCAGGAGGCGGCGGAGCUGCUGGACCGCAGCUUCCUGCAGCCCGAGGAUCUGGAUGAGCCCGUGCCGCGCAGCAUCACCGAGCCCCUGCGCCGUCGCAAGUACCGCGUGGAUCGGGAUGUGGACUGGGACCGGAGCGGCCACGACCGGAGCGGCCACGACUCUGGUCACCCCCAGGGGGAUGCAGGUGCAAGGGCAGAGCUCUGGUGA